AUGGUCCAACUUUAUCGAAUUUUGGCAUUGAGUCUGUCCUUAGUAUACACGGCCUUGGCAGCUUGUAACUAUGGAACUACAGAAUUCCCUCGGGAGUCGAAUGUUCCCAUUGGCGCUUUUGGAUAUACAGGCCUUGAUGGCCCGCUGAACUGGUACUCUCUUAACAAGUCAGCGAACAUACUCUGCGCUGAGGGUAACUUUCAGUCACCUAUCAAUCUUAAUUCGUCCAUUCCUGUUGCUCCGGGAAAUCGUGGUCUCACCUUCAAUAUCACGAGCUACCCCGAGGGUGCCGAGCUCGAGAACCUGGGCACGACGCUUGAAGUGCCUGCCAAUGGUACUUUCACAACAGCAGACAACACGUAUAACCUGGCGCAAUUCCACUUCCAUACUCCAAGUGAACACCGGAUUGACCUGGAAUAUCACCCCAUGGAGCUCCACUUCGUCUUCCAGGCAGCAGACAAAUCCAUAGCUGUCGUUGCGUUUGUCAUUGGGCUAGUCCCUGCCGAUACCCUUCUGAAGUCUGUGUUCGAGAAUGCUAUUGAGGCUGCCACACCAGGAGAAGCAACACACACAGGCCCCUUAGUGUUCACAGAUCUUGAGGACCACUUCAGCUCCAACAACGUGUUUGAAUACUCCGGCUCUUUAACUACACGUCCGUGCUCUGAAAAUGUGCUCUGGUACGCUAGUGCCAAACCUUUGACGGUUGAUCAGGGCACAUAUAUAGAGGUGAAAAGGAUAAUGAAGUUCAACUCGCGAUACACGCAAAAUGUUCCCGGAGGCAUGAAUCUUCUCCAGAACAGUGCCAAUGCCAUAAAUUCCUAG